UCCAACAAUCGAGCGAACACGUGAGUUGAAAGGUCAUCAACCCGGAAGAUCAACAAUGCGAACAAAAGCGCCACUUUGAAGCAAGACGAACGAGCCCGAAAAAGCAGACACAAACAAAAGGUCCAGAAGGGUUGGUUCCGAUUUAGAAAUGCUCUUCGUCGUCACGUACGUCGUUUUUGUGAUCUUGUCGAGCCGCCACGGCUGCUCAGCGGCGGACGUGCCAAACUUCGCCGCCCAUUUCGGCUCCAAGACCCGCUACGAGGACUCCGUCGCCCACCGGAGGCUGCUCGCGGAGCUCAACGCCGGGCCCAGGCUCCACACGGACCCGGGAUCGCUUCUGAGGACCCCGAGCGGAGAGCGUUGCUCCCCGAUGCACCUGACCGCUGUUGUCCGCCACGGCAGCCGCUACCCGACUGUCAAGAACAUCCGCGCCAUUCGCCAACUCAGCAACCUGCUGCGACGAGUUGAUGGCCAACAACAGACCCAAGAAGCCCAAAUGGGUGAACGAGGCGAAGGCUCUGCGGCCUGGAACCGGGACCUCCUGCGCCGCUGGGAUAUGUGGUACACCGACGACAUGGACGGUCAGCUGGUGGCCAAAGGUCGAGAGGAUCUGCAGCAGCUGGCGACUCGACUUUCCACUUUGUUUCCAUCCUUGUUAGGGGAGGACUCGGUGCGCGGGGGACGUAUCCACGUGGUGACCAGCUCCAAGCAUCGAUGCGUGAGGAGCGCCGAGGCCUUCCAGGAAGCACUUCACGUCAGAGCCAACAUAACGCCGGUGCAGUACCGCCACCAGGUGGAUGACGGUCUGCUUCGCGCUUAUGAUGGUUGCCCUGGCUAUGUUGAGAGUGUGGAGAAGAACCGCACGGCGUUGGCCGAGGUCGACAAGUUCAAGCGCGGCCCGGAGAUGGAGGCGCUGAGGAAGAAAGUGGCCGACAAAUUGGGCCUUCCUCUCCAAGACUUCACACCAGAUCUGCUGGAGGUGGCCUAUUUUCUUUGUUCUUACGAGCUGGCCAUCAAAUCGCUGCACUCGCCCUGGUGUUUCCUGUUUGAGCCCAGUGAUGCCAAGGUUCUGGAGUACAAGUGCGACCUGAAGUUGUUCUGGAAGCGGGCGCACGGCUACGCCAUCAACCUGCUGGCCAGCUGCCCGCUUUUCCAUCACAUUUUCAGGACCCUGGACAAGGCCGGGCGGCCGCGCAGGGAAACCGACACGCCGCCGGAUCCCGCCUCUAUCCUGAUUGGCCACGCCGAGACGCUCCUCCCUCUCCUCGGUUUGCUGGGCCUCUACAAGGAUGAGACUCCACCCACUGCAGACAACUACCACACGCAGGACGGUCGCCAUUUCCGUUCAAGUCUGCUGGUGCCGUACGCGGCCAACAUGGUCUUGGUUCUGUUGGACUGCGCGCGAGGCCCCCGGCUGCAGCUGCUGGUUAACGAGGAGCCCGUUCGAUUCCCAGGCUUGCCGCACGAGGAUGCGCCACUGUACCGUGACGUGCGGGUGGCGUACCGCCACCUGCUGGAUGGAUGUGAUUAUCACAAGGCGUGCAGCAGCACGGCCGGCGGGCGCGGACCCAACACCGAGCUCUGAUUGGUCCCUUAUGGCCACAUGUGGCCAAUCGGCAGAGCAUCCUCUGUACACUGACAAACUGGCUGUCGAGAUUUCACGUCAAUGUUUUGUUUGUGCGUAACUUCUGUCGCUCCCUAGGCUGGCAACCUACGUUGCAACCACAGAAACGUCACUUGCCAUACAACGUAGGCAACACCUAGGCAAGAUGGGGUAGGAGUUGAUACGCUUCAUCAGCAGAGGAAUGGCUCGGCUGAAGAGGAGGCUUUUAUUGUUUCACCACAAAAGCUUUCUUGGUGAUUGGGUUAAUUAGAACAAUAAAUAAGGCUGGGAGCUGUUGAAUCCUUCAAUGCAACAAGGACCUAACGGGAAAGCAAUGGUUGUGUGGAUUUUCACAAUAAGAGUAUGUGGGUGUGAGGGUGAGGUUUGUAUUCUGGAAUCUCUUCAACCCUUUUAUUUUUUUGCUAGAGAUUGACAUUUGCACUGAUGUUUAAGUUGUUGUCGAUGAUGAUGAAUUUGUUUGUGCUUGUAUUGAAAUUGAGAAGGUCUCAACUUGAAAUAAAGCAGGAAGCUGUUCGAUCCAAA